GUUGCAUGGUCACAUCGCCAAACGAGUGAUUUAUAAAUAUUCCAAGAGGCAGGGCGAUAAUUACUAUUGAAGCAGCGUUGUAAGAUGCCAUCCGAAGUCCAGGACAGGCUGUGAGUGUUCAGGAUCGGGCAGUGAACAGAAAGCACCCUCCCCUGGAUUAGAACAAGGAUAACUAGGCAGGAUUACCAGUGUUUCGGGCCAGAAGCAACAACAAAAGACUGCCGAACAGUGACGCCAUUUUCUGUGCGAAUAAAGAGCAGAGCCCAGCCAGGAUGAGCAGCCUUAUCAACUUUCUCAACCCAAAACUGAAGCCCUCUGUAGAGAGCGAUGCCGUGUGCGAGGACGGAUACACUGCGGCUAAUCUGGUGGCUGACGACAUCGAACAGCUGGAACGGGGAUUCAUGUGCUUCGCCGUUUGCAAGCCACCUAUAGAAAUCAUUUUCGAUUUUCCCAAGGCGGUGGACAUGAAGGUCAUCAAGUUGUGGCCCUCCUGCGGAGCCCUCAGAUCCACUUCCUUCGAACUACAUGGACGGCACGAUGGCAUUUGGGAAAGAGUGGCCUUUGUCCGGGACCUAGGACGUGGCGUGGAUUCGGUAACCUUCUGCUACCAGAGCGACUACAACUCUCGCAGCAGUUCUAACUCGGAGCAAAGUGAGAAGGUUUUCUUCUUCAAAUCCGCUCACAAGAUUCUGGCGAACACUAAUAGCGUUAAGGUAGUGAUCCGGGCCACGGAGAAAUGUCCUCCAGUUCUGCGCAAGGUUCAGAUGUGGGGCCUACCCGCCCGAUCCCUAGACAAAGCCGACCGGGAACUGGUAAAGAGUAUCUGGAGCGAGAUUAGCGAUCCAUACGGGCAGAGGGAUGCCGCUCAGACACCCACCGGACAGAGGUCACCACCGCGUCAUGUUCCAGAGCUCAGAGAGCAAUCCUCACUCUCCAUUCCAGAGGAGUUCCUAGAUUCCAUCACAUGGGAGCUAAUGAUCUUUCCCACCGUGUUGCCGUCUGGAAAAGUGGUGGACCAGUCAACAAUCGACAAACACGCCGAGGAGGAGGCCAAGUGGGGCCGCCAGCCAUCGGAUCCCUUCACAGGCCUGGAAUACACUGCACAGCGCAAAGCAAUCCUCAAUCUGGCAUUGAAGGCGCGCAUCGAGAAGUUCCUCAUGGAGCAUUCGGAGCACUUUAAGGCGGUGCCGCGUUCUCUUGGAACAUCUCGUCUGCGUCGUCGCCAUGCCUCGCAGUUCGCCAGCAGCACCUGCCAGCCGGGACAGAUCAGUCCGGCUGCUGGAACCUAUUCGGCACUGAGCAGCGCCUACAAGCAGCAGCAGCGGAAGAGCAGAGCUACAGCCACGGCCACUUCCUCAUCGGCCGCAUCCUUCGGAGGAUCCCCGCACUCACCACCGGCGGCUAAGAGGGCGAGGCAUAGCCAUCAUGGCAGCGCCUGUGCCACGGUGACCUCGGCUACAACCUCCAUAGAUCAGGCAAUUCAGCAAGCGCUGCAAAAGGUCACUCGCUUCAGCCAGCUGGCAGCGAACUCGAGCGUGGGUUCCGGAUCAUCGAGUGCCCCUCCCGACAGCUGCAUAAACUGUCGGAGUGCUCAGUUCGGCUACGAGAUCCGCACCUGCCGCCAUUUGGUCUGCCGGGAGUGCCUGGUGCUCCUCUCGCGCGACCAGCAGUGCGUUUGCAAAGUAUUCUUCCGCGGAGCCGAUGUGGAGCGGUAUCAUAAACUGGACCCUUAAGAGCUUCCCCGUACUUCUCCCGAUCGAGCCUCCUCAGUCGAUCGUCGCAAUAAGUUUGGUUCGGCCCUUCGGUUCAGUUUGUAAGCCAGUCAAUCGCUUUAGCCCCUAGGCCUCGUCUACGUUAGUUUAUAGUCAUAUCAGAGUCGGUCUGGUCGCAGAGUCGCAGAGAAGCCAAAAGUGUACACGCGCGAGUCUUUCCCGAUUCGGCAGUAUGUAUCAGUAUCAGGUCACGUUUAGUCAUAGAGCAGAUUACGGAUUACCGAUUAGCAAUAGAGAGUGCGCGCCUAGUUUUUGUAGACACUUUAUAUACAGUCCCCGAAAGACAGGAUCGUUCAGCGCAGGUUUAUAUAUUCAUACCAAUUAUAUUUAGAAUAAAAUACAAUAAAACCCAA